UUGACAUCGUGAAGAAAUGAGAAAUCAAGCUAAUAUCAUCUUAAUCUGAGCGAAUGUUGGCUAACACGAUGGGCAGUUCGUCUCAACAGCUUCGGGAAACUCUCGUCUCGUAUCACAGUCUGAAUGAAUCUGAGUGGAACAUCGCGAAGAAAUCAGUCAGUUCCGUUUAAAUUGCGUUCUCUUCUGUCCUGACCGUUUAAAUAUUUCCCGCGUCGUUCAUUUCAAACCGCGCUGAAAAUACCUCAGUUCUUGUUCUCCGCUUCUUUCAGAAGGAUGUGACCGUUUGGAGGAAACCAUCGGACGAGUUCAGCGGAUUUCUAUAUAAAGCUGAAGGAACUGUCGCAGAGAAUCCGCGGAGGAUCAUUGAUUUCAUGAUUCCCGGGCCCCGCAGGAUGAGCUGGGACAGUCUGAUGACUUCAAUGGAGAUUGUGAAAACACUAGACGAGAUGUGCACAUGACAAAUGAACUACAUGAGACCAGAGGAACUGACGGACUGACUGUGUUUCAGAGCUGUUGUGUUGUGAAAUACACCACCGCAGGGCAGCUGUGGAACAUCAUUUCUCCGCGAGAGUUUGUGGAUUUCUCCUACACCUGCGACUAUCAGCGCGGCCUGUUGUCCUGCGGCGUGAGCGUCGAUCAUGCCGAGCAGAAGCCGGGGUUCGUGCGAGGAUUCAAUCACCCGUGCGGCUGGUUCUGUGUGCCGACGGAGGAUCCCGCUGUCAGUCUACUGACCGGAUACAUCCAGACGGACCUGAGGGGAAUGGUGCCGCAGACGGCCGUGGAUUCGGCCAUGGCUUCUGGACUGGUCAGAUUUUUCCAUGACCUCAGACAAGCUCUGAAAGUUUAGCCUCCAUGAAACACAGAACUGGAAUGUAUGUGUGAAUCACGUGAAAUCAACAUGACGUAUGUCGUGAUACAGCUGCUCUCCACAGAUACUGGACACAAUCCUCACAGGACACCUUUAUUUAUUAUUGCACUUCAUGUUUUGUUUUUGUUCACGUUUGCUUUUGGUUUAAUGUGAUUUUAAACCAUUGUAAUUUUUUAAUGCAGGUAUUUUUCAGAAAAUUAUGUUUUUUAAAAAAUCCUAUAAAUAAAUUUCUGACAUUCUCCAUCGUCUCUCUUUCUGAGCAACACCUGGACUUCAUUAAAAAAUAAACAAGUCACAGUUAAUUUGUUUAACAUAAGUAUUUACAUAUAGAUUUGUGUGACUGUUCGACUGACUUGUUUAUUUUCCUCAAAUGGAUGAAAUAUUUAAAGGAAACUGAACAGGUUGAUGGUGAAAUAAAUAUUUGUUUUCUUAUUAA